CGGCUUCCAGAUGCUGUGGAGUCAUGAGCCUGGAGGGCGCAGGGACCCCUCUGGUGGCCGAGGUGAUCAAAGAUCGCCUUUGUUUUGCCAUUCUCUACAGCAGACCAAAGAGGUCAUCAAAUGUACAUUAUUUCAGCAUAGAUAAUGAACUUGAAUAUGAAAACUUCUACGCAGAUUUUGGACCACUCAAUCUAGCAAUGGUUUACAGAUAUUGCUGCAAGAUUAAUAAGAAAUUAAAGUCCAUUACAAUGAUGAGGAAGAAAAUUAUUCAUUUUACUGGCCCUGAUCAGAGAAAACAGGCAAAUGCUGCUUUCCUUGUUGGAUGUUAUAUGGUUAUAUAUUUGGGGAAAACUCCAGAAGAAGCAUAUAGAAUAUUAAUGUUUGGAGAUACAUCCUAUAUUCCUUUCAGAGAUGCUGCCUAUGGGAGUUGCAAUUUCUACAUUACACUCCUUGACUGUUUUUAUGCAGUAAAGAAGGCAAUGCAGUAUGGCUUCCUUAAUUUCAACUCAUUUAACCUUGAUGAAUAUGAAUACUAUGAAAAAGCAGAAAAUGGAGAUUUAAACUGGAUAAUACCAGACCGAUUUCUUGCCUUCUGUGGACCUCAUUCAAGAACCAGACUUGAAAGUGGUUACCACCAACAUUCUCCUGAGGCUUAUAUUCCGUAUUUUAAGAAUCACAACGUUACUACCAUUAUUCGUCUGAAUAAAAGGAUGUAUGAUGCCAAACGCUUUACGAAUGCUGGUUUCGAUCACUAUGAUCUUUUCUUUGCGGAUGGCAGCACCCCUACUGAUGCCAUUGUUAAAGAAUUUCUGGAUAUUUGUGAAAAUGCAGAGGGUGCCAUUGCAGUACACUGUAAAGCUGGCCUUGGACGAACAGGCACUUUGAUAGCCUGCUACAUCAUGAAGCAUUACAGGAUGACAGCAACCGAGGCCAUUGCUUGGGUCAGAAUCUGCAGACCUGGCUCAGUGAUUGGACCUCAGCAACAAUUUUUGAUGAUGAAACAGGCAAGCCUCUGGAUGGAAGGUGACUAUUUUCGUCAAAAGUUAAAGGGUCAGGAGAAUGGAAAACACAGAGCAGCUGUCUCAAAACUCCUCUUGGCUGUUGAUGACAUUUCAAUCAAUGGGGUCGAGAAUCAAGACAAGCAAGAACAUGAACUGUACAGUGAUGACGACGAAAUCAAUGUAGUGACACAAGGUGAUAGACUUCGGGCCCUGAAAAGCAGAAGACAAUCAAAAACAAACGCUAUUCCCCUCACAUGUUCCCUAGCUGUGCUGACCUCUGCACUGUGUAGUGUUGUCAUCUGGUGGAUUGUUUGUGACUACAUUCUCCCCAUCCUGCUAUUCUGUCUCGAUGGUUUAAGAACACAGUAGCCAUCAGGACCCUUUGACAGAUAGCUGCUGUUCCCUCCAUUUCAAGGACUAAAACAGUCUUGCGUUAAGUAAAAACCUGUGACCAGAACUGAAGGAAGACUCUAGGAACAGAAAGCUACAACGGGACUUUAGCACAGUUUAUUUGGAAACAAAACAGAAUUGCAAAAGCCUUAGCUGCUUUCCACCUAAGAAGUUUAUUCAAUGAAGAAAAUGUCCACUGGAAUUUAAAUAACUACAUGAGUUUGGGUACAAGUGAAUGACUUGAAGAGGGCCCAACUCUCCUUCUAUAGAAAUGUCUUUAACAAAAAAGCUGUUGUAAAUUAGUCUCAGGUGUAAAUAUCAAAGCCCUCUGUUAUCAGGAGAGCUGACUAGUCUGUGUGGUGCACAUGCGGUCCCUGUGAUGGCAAUCAUUUUAGCUGCUGGCCUUCAGCGGAAUUGAGGGUCUGAUGGAGGUUUUUUAUUUGUUUAUUUGCUGUUUACCCUGUGUCAAAAUUUAUAAAGAUAAAACAAGCAUUACUGAAACGGUACUUUCUGUAAUUUGAUACUAUUUGGUUUAAUCAUCUUCACUUUAGUAUUUGUGAUACUGUUACAAUGUUAACUCUGUCAAGUACCCAAGUUGCUUGUCUUCUACCAAAGAGUGCUUUAUUAACGAGAAUCUGUGAAAACCACAUUUAAAGACUGUUGCAUGUUGCGGUACUCUGGUAACCUAAAACUUUCAAGAGAAUGCUAAUAGUAGCUUUAGAAGACUCAGGAGGAGAAACUGGCUUCAGAGUUGGAAGACUGUUGUAAGUCAUUCCUUUGUCAUUUCGAGACUGAAGAAUGCCAACCAAGGCUGCCCACUAUUCGGUUGCCCAGUCAUACAAAUUAAAACCGUAUUUCCUUCCAUGCAGGAAAAACCCCCACGCUGUUGGUGUUUCCCCUGGAAACAGUGAUCCCAAAUAAUGGUGACUUUUUUUAAAAGUUACUUUGUUAGGGUCUUUCUCUGUAGCAUUGUGGAUUUUUUUUGUUAUGUGAAUGACCUAAGGCCAUUCACACACCCUUUGGUUUCAGUGAUAGUUACUCUAUCUGGAUUUCAGUUGUUUGUAAAUAAGAAACUCACUGUUGCCUUUGGUUAGGGAAUACAACUGAGAACUCUUUGCGGAGUGCCUUCUCCCCUCAACCCCACAGAAACACAGCAGAGUCUGUAAUGUAAAACGAUCACAAAACAAUUUAUUUGCUGCUAAAAAAAAAAAAAAAAUGGGGCCCAAAAGAAAAAAAUAUUUGUAAUCAUCUUGGUUACUUCCAUAAGAAGUGAAUGGUUUAGUUAUUGUUAACCAGUGUUUGCCUGUCCUAGUUUGGAGAAUGGGGAGAUGAUACAAUAUUAAAAGGCAAAAUGCCUUCAUGUUAUAAGACGAAUGAAUCAGGUCAGUAGGCAAUUCCAUUUUUAAAAAGCUGCCUUUUUAAUACAAAUACGAAGAAUAAGGAACGGUUGGAAUGAACAGAUUAAAGUCUGUUAAUGCAGAAAGUAAUUAGAAGACGGUGGAUCUAUUUUGGUAUUUACUCUCUUGGAGUAAAUUGUAAGGUUGCCUAGUUUUGAGGGGAGAUGGAAGAUGCCAUUGUUUUGGCCAAACUAGCAGCUCCUCUUCGUUGGGCACCAUGAGGGCCAUGCCAGCUUUUUUGCUGAGGACUAGACCUCAGAAAAACAGUGUUUUUCUAUCCCUGGAAGUUCAUAAAUACAAAGACCUACUUACCUGAGGGAAGACAGCUCUUCAUUAAGCUUUGAGUGGGAGGGGAAUCCUUCUGUUUGCUGUGUUGGUCUGGGAGAUGAUACUAAAUGUUCAAGCUGUGCCCGGGCAUUAAACACUGAAUUCUCAGGGCAACUCUUCUUCCCUUUAUACUUUGAAAGGCCGCCUCCUCCAUAAAUAAUCCCGGUAGUUGUGAAAAUCAAACUUCCACCGGAACCGUUCUUGCUGGUCAAUGUGCCAAUGUGCCGUCACCCUCACAGUGAAUAAGCCAUUUGGUGUCUCUUCGGCUUCAAUGUACUUUUUGUUUUACAAAUUGCCUUUUUGUGUGGCUGCUCAAGUUUCCAGCUAGAAUUGCUGUCACUGUGGUUCUUUCUAAAAAUCCUAGUAUUUGACAGGCUCACUGAAAUUAGUCAUAGCAAACUAGUCAUUUGUUAAAGAAGCAUUCCUUGGAACACACAAUUUGGGAUAGUGCUUCAGAUGGAUUGUAUAGCACAGUGUUAAAUGUACUGGGGACAUCUAGAAUCUAGGAAGUCUCUGGAUCGGAUUGAUGGAAAGUUCUUCCUGCUGUGAAUAAAAGUAGACUCUUACCCCGGCCCCCAACUGAAACUUUAACAUACCCAAGAAUCUUCUCAGAUUCUCAUUUUUAAUUUGUUAUAGAAGAUCUUGUUGCUAUGGGAUAUGAAACAGGGCAUGUCAGAUGGAGAGAUUUCUUUAACUUCAGAGCCUUAAAUAAUUUUGAAAGUACACCAAGACAGUUUCCAUUGGGAUUAAAAUUAGAAAUGAAUAUUUUUAGGUGCCCUUGAAGCUUUCUGGGGACUCAAACCAUCAAGAGUUAGGGACAGUCCAAAAGAAGGGUGUCUGCCAAACUGGGUACCUAGACGUGUAGACAGACUUCCAUUAUGUAAUGCUACAGAAAAACUAGAAAUCCCUCUAACCUGUCAGUGAAGAGGGAUGGAUCCUGAGCAGUGCCUCGCUAAAACAAGCAGCCUUACUUGUCAAGAUGUAGCUGCAUCUAAGCGGCCCGCCACUCUUCUAGUCUCCAGAACUUUGCUGUUGUGAACUCGAUCCUCUUAGCCUGUCCCCCACCCACUUCCUUCCCUGCCCUCCUCUGCCUCUCACAGGGGUGAUUUCUACCUCUUGGGCCCCAACCAGAUUGAAGGAGUCCCCAAGUGUUCUCAUGAGGCGAUGUGUCUCCCCUUGGGUGAGCCGUUCGGACCAUCGGGUGUUCUGGGCCGCGUCAUGCCAAGAGCUCCGGGAGCCCUUCCCUUGCUUGACCAGUGGGCCUUGCGUUCCUUUGAUGUUUGUCAGAACGUGGCUGAGCUGCUUCUCUUCAUACAGUUUUUAAAGUGAUUAUUGCAUUUUGGAAAGCAGUGCUCAUCACAACUUUAAAAACGUAUUUUAAUUCUUUCAUAGUUCUUUCCCACCAAAACUGUCCUUGUGAGGCUAGCUGCUGCUCUUCCUUUUCUCCUAAAUCUGAGUAUUCUCCAUGUCACUAAGUGGAAAUACUGCAGAUGUGUUUAAUUGACUGGACAGUUCACCUAAUCUGUGUAGGAAAUUACCUCCUUAAUUGCCCAGUAGAAUUAACUGUCAGAUAUAUUCAUCUGAUUAUAUUACUGCAGUUUUAUAUUAAUCAUUUGCAGACUUUUAUCUAACCUGCACUCAUGUAUAGAUUAUUAAAACUUUUAAAAUAUAACUGAUUAAUCAGUAUUGGAUCAAUCAUUAUCUUGAUUUUUUUAAAUUAAAAUGUAUAUUUCUAAUCAUAUUUUAUAAAGCUGAGAGAACUGGUUGAAUGAAUGUUUAUUUUCCUGAAGGUAUUUUUAAGAUAAAGCUUCAUGAUGGCAUGUAAACUUUGCAUAUCUAUAUAGUUUGAUACAUAUUGUCACAUUUGUGUAUUGUAACUGGUUUUAUACGAAAUGUUGAA